AUGUCCGACGACGAGGAUUAUUAUGACUUUGAAGAGGAAUAUAUCUACGAGGACGCAGUGCCUGACCUUGUCGACGAACUUGCCGCAUCCUCCUGGUACGAAGCGGCUCUGUACGAAGACCCAGGCAUUGAAGUCGAAGACUACUUCAGCGACUGGGACUACUACUCAGAUGACUACCACGACGACGAUCCGACCGUAGCGCAGAGCAGGCCACCUACGAAAAUCGAGCCUGCAGUAACCAAGACGAAGAAGGGUCGCACCCAUGCCGCCGCCCGACCACACCAUCCCUUGAAACUCGACAUCGCCUCCUUCCAGGGCGUCGUGUGGAAAACGGACAGCUUGGAGCGGGAUAAGGAUGUUUCGGUGCAGAUCUACGAACCGGGGCAGCUGGACAAGGUCGCGUUCCUGCAGGACUGGAGAGAGGUCUUCAAGUCUGCGCAGCCUGCGCUGGAUAAGUCGCGGUUGAGGAAAAGACGCGCGCCUGAGCCUCAAGCGUCGGAUACGUCUGGGGAUGACGAAAUUCUGAAUGAUGCAGAUGAGGAGUACAGUGACGAGGAUCCCAUGUCUGAUGUUGAGUCGCUGGAUCAGGAUGGAAGCGUGGAACUCGGGGAGGGUUCGAAUACGACGCCUGAGCCUGGUCAGUCGCCGAAGGAGAAUCCUCGAAUUGCGGUUGAGAUUCCAGUCAAACGGGGCCGGAAGCGUAAGGCUGAGGCUCCGACUCCGGUGAAGGAAACGAAGAGUAAUCCGAAUGAUAACUCGACGAGGAGUCGAUCAAAACGGGUUGCUUUGGACAAGAGUGAAGAGGAGGCGAGUUCGUCUGGUCCGGUUCGCCGUUCUGCCAGACAGAAGAAAUAG